AUUAGCACAUCAUUCAAUUCCACAAGCUCGUUCAAGAGAUAUCAGCUCUCUUCCAAUCGAUCCCGAAAGGACCAACCAUGCAGUCCCUCACUGUCAUUUGUUUCCUGGCUCUGUGCACCGGGGCCAUUACUAGUGCCUACCCACAGGAACCGGUGCUGGCGGACGAAGCUCGCCCUUUUGCCAACUCUCUUUUCGAUGAACUGCCGGAGGAAACCUAUCAGGCCGCCGUGGAGAACUUCCGCCUGAAACGGGCCACCUGUGAUCUGUUGAGCGGAUUCGGCGUUGGUGAUAGUGCUUGUGCUGCUCAUUGCAUUGCCCGUGGCAAUCGGGGAGGCUACUGCAACUCCAAGAAGGUGUGCGUCUGCCGGAAUUAAUAUAGUUUCGUGCCUUCGAGCAAAUUAUACCUACUUUCACAAAUGUUCCUAUUAAAAAACAAUUAUCCAGAUUACAAAAAGUUGUACAUUUUUUUAACCGAUUCCCAUAAAUUUGAUCAAUGGACAUCUGUGCACUUUUUGUUUCAAUUAAGCCGCAUUGUUAUUAUGAUCAAAAAAAUAAAUAAAUGAAAAAAUAUGUUGUA